AUGGAGAAAAUACGUGAAGAUUUCCCGCGACUGUACUUCUUAAGUGACGACGAGGUUCUUGACGUGUUAAUCACCUCUAAUGACCCACGAAAAUUAAUGCCCGUUGUAAGAAAAUGUUUUCACGGCAUCCAGUCUAUCACAUUUAGUUUUCCAGAUGAAGGAGCAAAACCUAACACUGCAUUAGACGCUGCUUUAAAUGGUGUGUACCAGCUUAUGUCUUUGUAUUGAUCCGCUGUGUAAAAUAUUUCUCAUCAAUAACAUCUUGCGUGCCUUUCUUAAAACCCAGGUCAGGAGGCAGCAUGACAGUUGAUGAGAGUUGAGAAGCGAGAGUUUGUACCCCAGUCAAACGAGAACAAGAGUUACGUGAGAGUUGAUGAUUGUUGACUAGACAUUACCAGUCAAACAAGCAAAAACUCUCAACUCUUAUCAAGUUGCUCAACGUUUAUGAGAGGUGACGAAAUGGGUAUGAGGGUUGAGGCGAAUUGACGAUCGAGCGCAAAGUUGGAACUCUUAUCUUAGUUGCAACUCUCGAGAAUGGGGGUUUAACCCACCUUAAAACACUCGCUAGUUAUUCAUAUGCUUUUUGUCAAAUCAUGUCAACCUUAACAUGUCACGAGAAGUGGCUUUAUCCUGAUAAAACUAAUUUUUCUUUGUAUAAAGCUCAUCCUAAUUAAUAUUCUUCAUAUAAAGAAUACUAAUGAGACGGCAUCUAUUUUGGUGGUGUUUUACAUGCAUGUAAAUAAUUUAAAGCGGUCUAAUGUAGACGUGUUUUCUGAUAAAACACUUUUUAAAAGAAUGCUCACGGAGUCACGGGCUUUAAAUAGUGGAAGCAUUUCGCAAAAAUAAGAGUGUGCAGGUGGUAGACACAUUUUGGCUCUGGUUGACAAACAACAGCCUUUUCGCUCUCAGUAGUUUAUUUCUGAAAAUAAUUUUUGUGUUUACUGGUUAUUUGGAAAUAUUUUUUACCUAAUUUAUUCACCUCGUAGUGAUAUCUAAGCGAGCUACGUGUAAUGUUAACAAACUUAAUUAAUUUAAUUAUCUUCUUUUAGCUCACCUUCUUCAAGUGACUGGUAUUGAAGGUGAAUUUGGAGAAACAAUGGCCAUAAGCGAAGCAAUUCCAGCUGGGAUGGACUCACAAACAUGGUUAAAAGCUUUAGAGAAAUCGAUGAAAACGACCCUAAUGAUGAACUUCACAAAGUGCCUCAUCAACACGUGGUCAAGAACUGAAGAUGACACAGUCGUGAGUGACUUUGUUGAGAAAGGUGAGUGGUUACAAAUUAUGAAGGUUGCGUUUAUACGUAUAUGUUUUGAACAUGUUCUUUUGGUUGCCCAAUUCAUCCGGUCCUGGUGCGUAGGAAAGGGUAGGAUAAAACUUUAUUUGACUACGCUGGCCACUUCAACCGAAGCUGCUUUUCAAGUGGGGCGUAGAUUAUUUAUAAAAUGUUACAAAAUAUAUAAAAUACAAAAUCUUUAAAGAUGCGGUACAGUCCAUAUGUAAACAAAGGCUUUGUUUACAUUUCGGUAUCCAAAAUAUUGAAUUUUAAUCGACAACUAUUUAUAUUUUCACGAUUCUAGAGUAUAAUAAAUUAAGAAGAGACAACAAUCAAGCUUUGCAAGAACAUAAAAUGAAAUAAAAACCUAAAUAAAAGUUUUAUAACUCUUAUAGAUAAUUGAUGCAAAUUUGUCGACAUGUACUAUUUCUUUGUAGUAUGUUGACAUAACACUAAUAAACCGUUUUAUGAUUUCCAAACUUCUUGGUAUCCAAAGUUCUUGAAGUUUUUUUCAGAAAGUCAUUAUGCAAUGUGACUUUUUGGUUUCCCUUGGUACCCAUAAGUUCUUCUUCGUUUUCCUUGGCUCUCGUUGGUUCUACUUGGUUCUUGUUUCUACUUGGUUUUGAUGGUUCUACUUGGUUUUGAUGGUUCCCCUUGGUUUGUCUUCGUCCUCUUUGGUUCUACUUGGUUUUCGUUAGUUCUACAUACUUAGUUCUGCUUGUUUCGCUUUGGUUUUCCUUGGUAUACCCCUUGGUUCUUGUUCGUUCCGCCUCUUUCAACUUGAUUCUCAUUUGUUCUACUUCGUUCUACUUGGAUCUGCUUGAUUCUUCUUCGUUCUCGUUAGCUCUACUUGGUUGUCCUUGGUUCUGCUUGGUUCUUCUUCGUUCUUUUUUGUUCUCCUUAUUUCAGCCUGGUUCUCCACGAUUCUCCUUAGUUCUGCUUGGUUCUCCUUGGCUCUACUUGGUUCCACUUGGUUUGGUUUCGUUUUCUUGGUUCUGCUAGGUGCUACUUAGUUUUCCUUUGUUUCCCGUGGUUCUCUUUCAGUUUCCUUGGUUCUUCUUGGUACUACUUCAAAAAGAAUAGAACAGAAUAGAAAAGUGUUUUUUAUUUGUUGUAUAUUUUCGUACUCUUGUGACAAGGCAACUACAAUUGAUCCCGUUUUUUCUUGUUUAAAUGCUUUAAUUAUUCUAUAUUCCUAUACUUUUUUCUUGAUUUAAAACUCGUGUUGUUGCAGUUCAGUUUUUGUGCGAAUGUGUCUUUUGCCUAGAAAUAGAAGCAGUGUCGAAGUGGUCAACAAUACUUGCAGUCCUGUUGUUUUGUUAUGGCCAUGAAAGUACUUGCCAAAAUUCAACGCGUCCAAAACUCAGCGAAAUAUAAGAACACAAACUUCUCAAUCAAAACAAUAUUCAGCUACAAAUAUUGAAGAAUAUAGGGGAACAAAAUAGGAUAGUUUUUGUGGUGCAUACUCUCAUAUUGUUUUCAAAACAAGCAUAAAUUUGUGACGUUCUAGAGAGGACGUGAAAACACCCCGAAUGCCUUCCUAAACAUAACGUGAACGACGCCCUAGACUAAACCGGAAGUGAAAUCCCACAUGCCACGCCAUUUUCACGUCGACGUCUUGCUAAGUAGUCUAAAGGCCCGUUUACACUUGCAAUUUCUAGUGCGAUUUUCUUCUUCUGAUGCAUAUGAACGAGUAAAUGAGUAACGAAUGUUCUGAGUAUGUGUACUGUCAUAUGAACAUUCAUAACUCAUCUACUCGUUCACAUUCAUCAAAAGAAGAAAAUCGUAUCAAAAAUCGCAGCAAAAAUUGCAAGUAAUGAUACUUGGAAGACUCCGCAUUCAUGCUGUUUUGUUUGGCGCAUGCACUUUCACGUUGUAAUAUUUAAUAUUUAUUUUAGGUCAACUUGAGGAGAGUGCUGUUGCAGAUGAGAUUCGAGAUGCAGGCACCACAGCUGCAGCAGAUCAGAAAGAAGAGAUUCCGUUUCUUCUCCAAUAUCCAUCUCAAUGUAUACGUUGUGUUGAAGCUGUUGUUUGGUCCAAUAAAGUAUCUCAUGCUCUUGUGUGCGAAGACCAGAGUGACCUGAAAGCUUUAUGGUUUGUUUUAUUUACUAUUCCUAACACAAUGACCUCAAUAUUAACAGAAAUUCCUCUUAAGGCAACGCCGCGGUCAAAGAUCCGCUUAUCGUCAGCAGGCUUGUAUUCGAAAGACUGGAAAUAGUGGAAAUAGUGGAAAUAGUAUUGUUAUGAAACUCUAGAAAAAAGUGUAAAUAUAAAAUUCCUGAACUUGUUGUAUAUCUUAGCUGUUUCCUUAUAGUAAGUCCAUCUAUAUUUACCCCUAUUAUUUCAGCAGACAUUUCCCCCACCAUUUUCGUAGUGCGCCUCUGGCAGUCAUUGUAUGACUAUUAGAGACCUUACGAUUUUAUGACGGCAACGCGACGGCCAAACAAACUCCUUCAAAUAAAUGGUAGUCAAGAUAAUUCGUCGUAUAUUAUCAAUCGUAUGAAUUUAAUACAGUCUUAGAAGUUGAAGACAUGGGUUUUAUGGUUGCGAAAAGUUCUGCUGAACUCAGUUUGAAGUUGCACUUAUUGCUGCUUGAAAUACAGCCGUUGUUGAUAGACGCGAAAAUAUGUGAUUUGGCGUUGUAAACGGAGCGAGGACAAUGUUCAUAUAUUGUAAUUACUCAAUUCUUUUCAAUGAUCUAUUGUAUUAGUAGCCGUUGCCGUCGCGUUGCCGUCCUUAAAUCGUAUAAGGUCUCUAAUAUCUGAUCAUGGAGCAGAGCUGUGGUGAGAGGGUCAGUUAUAGCAGCUAAUCGGACCCACCACCCUGACAACAUUCUCUGUGGGAGGAAACCGGAAUACCUGGAGCGUUGACUCUUCCCGUAAUUGUACUGUAUUUCUUGUCCCAGCAAGGCGGGAUCCCGGCAACUGAUGCCGGGUUCAUAUUUGCACACAUGCUGUAUCACGAGCGGGAUAUCGGCAACUACUGACUCGUCUUUCCUAGGCGGAAUCAUUAAUAGACGGCCCAUGCAGAUAAUCCUAGACCUGCAUUGCUACUCAAUAUCAAUUACUGUAGUGCUCAUUAUUAUCAAUGAAUUUGUAUGUUUAUCAAUUUAGCAUGUUUACCUCUCGCCAAGUAGAAGAUUAUGGAAAAGUUCUAAGUGUGAAGAACUCAAGAAAUCUAAAAACAGUUGCUCGUCUUCGUCCCGUUCUGCAGUCUUUGUUGGUCUGUGCACUCCAUCAGAGAGAUGUUGUAGAAAGUAUGUUUAAAAUCUUUUCAUUCUACUGUAACUCUUUCUCGUUCAAUGAUUUUUAUACGCAAAGAUAGAACCUCUCUGCGUUGGUAAAUGUAAAAUACUCAUUAACAAGUUACCGUGACGUAUCUGCCCGAUACAGACCAAAACGUGUUCGAAAGUAUUUUCAACUUCUCCAAAGUUGCAAUCUUUCUCCAAAAUUUAAAGAAAUUUAAAAAAAACUAAAUGUUGAAUUUGCUUUUUUAAACAAAAUUCUGUAAUAUAGUUCGCGCAAACGUCAUUUUUCUAUCAAGUCAAAAUUUCACUACAAAAGAUUAUUUAAUUUUACAAAUCUCAAAUGAAUAUAAAAUUUACAAAUCUCAAAUGAAUAUAAGAACUAGCCUCCUUCGCAGGCCUCUCUAUGCUCUGUAUGGGUUUUAGCCUGCGAAUGCACCCGAUUCCUCGGGUGAGAUGCCUGCGGAGGAGGCUAUAUAAGAACAUAGUUGGGUGUCUGAAACUAUUCAAGUGUUUCAAGGUCUCAAGUGAAUAUUAACAUGGUUAGGCUGUCCGAAUAUUGGACUACUUUAUAAUUCAAGUGUUACAAUGCCUCAAAUGAAUAUUGACAUCAUAGGGAUGUCCGAAUUUCAGACUAUGUUAUUAUUAGUUGUCAAGGUUGCUCGAUUCCUUAAUUUAAAACCAGUUAAGUUGAUCCACAUGCAGAUUGAUCUGUUUCAUAGAUGUAGUGUCUAUACCUAUGAUACGUACGUGUGCUUUGGGGUUCAGAUAUUACAUUCCUGCGGCAAGCAUGAACAUCAUAUUGAAAAAAGUAAAAAUUGCUUUAUUUAAACGGCCAUGCAGGUGUAGUAGUGUCGUUGCACGACUGCAUAAAAUCAACAAUUCAAAAUUAUGGGAUAAUAUCACAAAACAAUUGCAAUAGAUACUCAAAAUGGUUAUCCAUCAUGGACAACAACAGACGUUAAGUUCACAACUGUACUGAAGCACUAGCUAGCUUGUUUGAUAAAUUCACGAUUUCUACUUCUACCAGCACUUGUGGUGUGGUGGUCACCGCGCUUGCCUUUCAUGCUUGUAGACCCAGGUUCACUCCCUAGUCGGACCUCUACUCAAGGUCUUAAAACAAUGGACCUUUAACCUUAUAACUAAAAUUUUGAUCUAGACAAAAAUUUCAUCACAGCUUGAAAGAGCAUCACAAAAUUAGUAAUAUUCCAAAGUUUCGUUACGAUAUGGGAACACCCAAUUUGGGUAUCAAUUUCCCGUUUGUAAUCUAAAAUGACUGAAAAUUGCAAACUUCGCAAGGCUAUAUUAUCCGCAUUUUUACAACAUUUCGCAACGAAACUUCGGAAUAUUACUAUUUUUGUGAUGCUCUUUCAAGCUGUGAUGAAAUUUUUGUCUAGAUCAACAUUUUAGUUAUAAGGUUAAGGGUCCAUUGAGGAGAAAGUGCUAUCUUUACAGUGACAUCAGUAAAUGGUUACUCUUUCGCGUCUUCUUGGUUAAUUAAGGGCGUCAAAAUCGUAGGUACCUCAGAUCCCCUAAAAAUUACAUGGGCAAUAGUCUGUUGGUAAAUCCGCUCACCUAUGAGUGAGAAACUCAAUAAAAAAGAGAAAAAAAGACCAUAGUAAGGUCUACAGAUAUGACCACAAUAAGGGAAUAAGACCAGACAUCUGCUAUAGAAACCUCGGUUUUUUGCAUGUGACAUUGCACCCCUUUUUAUGAAGUAGUUUCAAUAUUUUUAAGAAAUGACUAACUUCUUUGUCUUUAAAUUCCAGGACUUUUGGCAUGCAACGCUGCUUGUUCACAUUGUUUUGAGUGGCAGAGCUGUCUUCAACAUAAAGCGUCCUUAAAACAAGUGUUUGACACAAGAUAUUGCACUGGAUUGCCUGGAACAUAUAAUACUGAGUCUUCACAAGGUAACGUGCCUACCUGAUGAUUAAUAUGUUGAAUUUGUUUAGAAGGAUAUGGGAUUUCAAUGUUACACUCGGUUUUUAUUCUUGACAACAUAAUUUAUGUCCAUCCUGUUUGAUGUUAUUCACAAUGGGCGAGCUCUCCCAUGGCUGUUCUAACUGAAACCCAGCAUCCACUAUAUUCCUUUCCCAAAUUGCACUUAAGAUCCUGAAGUGUUGGUGAUGGUGAGAUGUGUGUGAUGGUGUGGUGUUGGCGAUGGUGAGGUGUGGGCGAUGGUGAGGUGUGGGCAAUGGUGAGGUGUGGGCGAUGGUGAGGUGUCGGGGAUGGUGAGGUGUGGCUGAUAGCGAGGCGUGGGUGAUGGCGAGGUGUUGGUGAUGAUGAGGUGUUGGUGAUGGUGAGGUGUUGGCGAUGAUGAUGUGUUGGCGAUGAUGAUGUGUUGGCGAUGAUGAGGUGUUGGUGAUGAUGAGGUGAGGUGAGAUGAUGGUGUUGGUGAUGAUGAUGUGUUGGCGAUGAUGAGGUGCUGAUGAUGAUGAGGUGCUGGUGAUGAUGAGGUGUUGGCGAUGAUGAGGUGUUGGUGCUGGUAAUGGCGAGGUGUUGGUGAGGUGGUGGUGUGGUGAUGGUGAUGGUGUUGGUGAUGGUAAUGGUGAUGGUAAUGGUGUUGGUGAUGGCGAGGUAUUGAUGGCGGUGAGGUGAUGGCGAGGUGAUGGUGAUGGCGAGGUGUUGGUGAGGUGUUGGUUUUCGUGAUGGUGUGUAAACAACAACAUCAAACUGGUGUUGUAAAUUCGUUAAUAUAUCAUAUGCUAUUGUAUAUAUGAACAUGGCCUAAAUCCUCUUUUAUUAGAUACAAUAUCUCUGGACAUGAAAUAUGAAUUUGAAGGUUACGAUGUCGCCAUCCUUGGUUCUAGGUUCCCGUACGAGUUUGAAUACCUCAGCGAGCGUGCAUCUUUAUUUGUAUCUCCGCUGACAGAAAGAUGUUUCUUGGCUCUGGCUUUGGCCCUGGAUCAAUACUCAUGUGGGACCUUGAUUGGAUUUAAUGGAUCUGGCAAGACUGAAACAAUCAGGGAACUAGCAAAGGUAGAGUCAUUCACUGGUUUAUCUAUUGUGAUGUUUUACUGGGGCUUCAGGGUUUGGAACACAAGGUUUCAAUUUUGACAAAUAUAUAAUUAGUAUUAUAAUUGUAGAACCAUUUAAUAUUUUUAUAUAAAGAAUAGUGUGUUCAAAUUAACAAUGCGGUCAUCUGAUCCUGCCCACGUCUAUUUAUGGUGUUGAGAUCUCAAUAAGUGUGUAAUCUGCGUUGUUAUUUGAAUGCAAUGCUAAAUUUUUCUAGGAAAUUAAAAUAACCAGUAAGCGGGAUGCCUCUCAAGCAGGAUCAUAUCUUUAUAAUCAGCAUGAUAGAAACAUCUCGAACGGUCUGUGCCAGUGUAGGUAACGACGAUGACAAGACAGAUUGAGGAGAUACAACUACCUGAAAAAUAUAGGCAGAACUUCGGCGUUUCGAUUCUUUUUUGCUGAUGUUCCUCUAAGUGUCAUUAUCUGAAGCCAAAGGUUGCGGGUUCGAUUCCCACCGCGAUCAAGCAAUUUUUGAGUUUGUCCUGUUUGCCGAGUAACAUCAGCCAAAAAUUAAACACCUUAUUUCAACACCACAAUCAUCAGAUGUUCAUCUUGAUGCAAUGUUGUUUACUCAAAAAUUUCUUCGGUUCUGGAAAUUAAUAUUUUUAACGUUAUAUGACAUAUAUGUCGAAAAUACUUUUUUUGUAUUGUAGUUGAUGGGCAGACAUCUUGUGUUCUAUAACUGUUCUCAAUCGAUGGCCAGCUCAGUUAUAAAAAGAAUGUUAACUGGAAUGAUUCUUAGUGGUACUUGGGUGUGUUUCGAAGAUGCUCAUAAACUAUCUCAGUUAAUGUUAUCUAUACUUGGUGAUUACUUGGGGAGUGUCAGGCAGGCGUAUCAAUGCUUGAUGAUGAACAGAAAUAAUCAGUACCUAGUCAGAGGUCAGAGCAAAGAAAACCAUGGUGAAAAUGCUACGAAGGUGAGUUUUACAAUAGUUUUGAGUCGCUAUAUAUGUGUAGUAACUAAAAUCGUCUUGAAAAGAGCUGUCUGUCAAGAGCAGCGCAACCUAGUUAAAAGUUACACUCUUGUUCAAAUAUCAUUCAGCAAAUCAAGUAAUAAAAUGGUAGAUAUAGACCUGUCUGUGAAUAAUGCAAAGGAAUUGUUUCUCCACUUAGUUUUAGUUACGAAAACUUGCAAUGAAAUAUGCAUCUUUUUAGGUUUUCGACUAUUUCCUUCGGUUUAUUAAUUUCAAUUGUUUUCGUAUGAAAUAUCUUAAUCCUUUCUUAAGACCAUAACAGACUGUACAGUUUUUGCAUGGGAUGUUGGUUUUUUUUUAUUCCAGGGCAUCAGAAACUUUAAGCCUUACCGGUCGAUGGUUGAGAAAUAAAAUUUGUAUCUUUUGUUUUUACGUUUCAGGAACCAUCUAAUAAAGAACGAAGCAACAGUGUCACAACACUUGACUCCUUAACUCAGCAGGAAUCGGUUUCAAACACAUUUAAGAAUGAAGCUCGUGAAAACUCAGUAAGUGCGUUCUAUCCUAAUUGUUUUCAUGUAGUGUUGAUGCUUAAAGUGCCUAUGACACGAAAUUUCACCCCAAAUGUUUAUGAUUGCAUUGUAAAGAACACUUAAAAUGACUUCAUAAUUUCUUUUAUAGAAUUUUUGUAACUUGCUUCCUUUGCAAGAAUUCAACUUUGUUUCAUAUGCAAAUAUCACCGGUGUGACAUCACAUCGCAUAAUGACAUUUUGAAAAUGUAAUAUUUUACCUUGAUAAAAUAUUUUUACAAACAAAUACAGAGGGUUAAUUAGCAGUUAUGAAAUUAAUACAUAUACAAAAGCAAUUUUUAAGUUUUUUUAGAUACGUAUUCGUCAACAAAACUAUACUUUUCUGAAAACUCAUUAUGUGAUGUGAUGUCGCACCGGUGAUAUUUGCAUAUGAAACAAAGUUGAAUAUCUUGAAAAGGGAGCAAGUUACCAAAAUUCUAUAAAAGAAAUUAUUAAGUCAUUUUAAGUGAUCUUUACAAUGCACCAAUAAACCUUUGGGGUGAAAUUUCGUGUCAUAGGCACUUUAAAUAACUGAAUCCGAAAAUUGAAUUUGCACAAUCAACAAAUCGUGUCCUGAAAGCUGACUUGCACUCAGUUAAGUUAUAUAUGCGGGUGACUGGAAGCCUCAGUGAAGUUUCCAACCGCAGAAAAAAAUAAUAUUUAGUGUAGUCAACGUAGGACAUUAGAACAGCUGUGUUUUUUCCAAUUGAGAUCUUAGUCGCCAAAAAUUAUUUCUCAAAAAUUAUUUCUUAUGUUGAUUGUUGAACACUCGAUCAUCUUAUAUGAUUUUAUGAAAAAUGUUUUCUUUGUAUAGGUAAAAAAAUCCACAACAAUUUCCCGACGGUUUUCUAUCUGUGAGAGCAGAAAUAUUGACGUGAGAACUUACUAUGGAGACACGCAACCAUUGCCAGUUUCAAUCCCAGUUACAGAAAUUGAACCGAACAGCGACUGUCAGGCUAUUUCGGAUAAAGAAGAGGAUACAAUUUUGAUUAAACAACCAAGUGAUCAUUCACUGGGAAGUAUUGUAUUUAAUGGUUCCUUACUGAAGACCCAUUCUAUGGCUGCAUGUUUUAUGACAGUUACACCAGAUAAUGAUGGCUACCUUAAUGUGCCCGAAAAUCUUAAGGUAUUUAAAAUUAGCAAUCGCUUGAGAGCUUUUAAACUAAGCUUGUAAUCAUACUGUACGUGUGUUAACAUAAACGCCGAUUGCUUAAAAGCAAUCGCCGUUUAUGUUAACACACGUGCAGUGUGAUUCAUUAGCAAGAUAUCAACAGUGUUUGUUUGAAGACAAGAAUCCUAAUCAAUCACUUUUACGUUCGUGAUUUUAAGCACGAUUCGUUGUUGCUGUCUUUCAUGGGUGGAAUUCCUUAUUGGACAAGAAUUAUUAUAUAGACAACUACCGGAUAUAAGCUAUAUUCUGCAAUCCGAUUGGCUCUCUACUAGCAGGGUAUUACCUCAGACCCUGCUAGUAGAGAAUAUUAUAGCCAUAGAGGAACUCCCAGCAAUUGUUUCCAGGUUAGCAAGUAAAUUUUUAAUAUUUAAACUGGUUAAAAAAUAUAUUUUUGAAAAAAAUUAUGCCGAAAGAGCGAAGAUAAAAACAUGAAGAGAAUAUAAUUUUUUGGAAAAAUUUAAAAGCAAAAACACUUUAUAGAAGCCAACAAGCACUAGCUUAUUUUGUCUAAAAAUCUCUUAAAUAUGUAGGAAUUUCAAGUUUAGCAAUGUUCGAAGUACCCAUUUGAUAAUGACGAACAUGUGGAUUGCGGAUUGGUAAACUAACUGUCAAAAUAUUACCAUACGGUAAAACCCCGCAUAUAAGAACCUAGAAUUUAAGAACCUAGAAUUUAAGAACCUGUUAGGAUAAAAAAUUCAUUUAGAAAUAAGUAAGAAACUGUUUAAGCUAGAAUUUCAAAGCAGUUCUUAUUUUAUCAAAUAGAGUCAAAAUUAAAAAUUUAUAAAUCAAAGAAAAUAAGCUCUUCACAAAGUAAUGGAAAUGACACAAGAACCCAGGAUCUUCGCUCGAAACGUCGAAAUUCGCCUUAUAUUUUUCAGGUAGUUCCUGCCAACGAAAGCUUGUUAAUACGUUUGGCUGGCAAUGGGGGAGGUUGUUGUCCGAAAAAAAAAUUUUCCGGAAAAUUUUUUGAAAUAGGGGCCCCUAAAAAAAAUUUCCCCAGGGCCCCCGCCAAGCUCUCGGCGGCCCUGUCUGUAAGCAAUGUUUUCCAGCAUCAUGGAUUGUUAGAUAAUUUGUGCAUAAUUUUUAAAAAUUAUAUACCACACUUACGAAAAAGAGUCGCUUUUUUCUUAAGAAAAUAUUAAGAACCUAUUUAAGAACCUGUUUAGCCCAAUCUCCUGGUCAGCACCAUGUACAUAAGAACCUGUUUAUGCUUACUUGGAAAAAUCUUGGUUCUUACAGUAUAUGCGAGGUUUUACUGUACUGAAGAGUCUGUAAAUGCAGUGAUAGUUGUCUAUAUAAUAAAACAGUUAUUCUACUCACUUUCGUCGUAUGUGACUGAUAGCUAUUAGCUCAUAUACGACUCGAGUUCGAAGAAGAACUGUUAAUUAUUCAGAGCACGGUCAAUGUUAUCUGGCAAGACAGAAAAUUGAAUCGGAUAGCUUUGAUCGAAGUUUGAAUAGUAAUACAUAAAUGAUAAAGAUAAACGGUAAGAUCCUUUAAAACUGCUGUCGAUACGAACCCUCAGCACUUUAUACUGUACAAACCUUUCAGGCAUCCUUGCGAACUGUUUCUAUGAUGAAGCCAAGUGUGAAUAAACUGCUUGAGGUGUUGCUGCUAUGUAAUGGGUUUAGUGAUGUUAAAAAUCUGGCAGAAAAGAUCAUGUUUUUCACUCAAGUUAUUUAUGACGAGGUAUGAUGAAUAAUAGUAAAGUACCCAACUAAUAAUUUUCUGAUAUCGAUUUCCCCUUGUCAUGAGUUGUAACCAAAAACACUUCUGCCAGUGAAGUGCACGUGGGGCAAGAAUUUAAAAAUAGUAGAGCCAAAGAUGGCUUCCAGUUGAUGAAUGUCUCAAGUCUCUCCAUGCAGUUUCUCUACAAUAAAGGCAAUUAGAAGUCCAGUGCUGAAGAUGAGUCCGACGUCCAGUAUCUAUUUUGUCUGUACCUAAGAUAGACCCGGUCCCUUCUUCAGCGGAUUCGUGUCUUUCUGCUACCAACAUCUUCACCAAGGGCCUUGACCCGAAACUUCAAAGUGUUUUGAUCCAAUCAUUUUUGGUAGUUACAACAUAAACUAACACCAAGUUAUUGUAGGAUACUAUACUGUCCUACCACCUUGGAUAUAAUUUUAUUAAAAAAUUACUUCUUACCUCUCGAAGAUUACGCCAUUAUAUUUAUUAGGAUAUUUUUCCUCAAACAUAAAGCCAUGUAAUUUGAAUGGUAAUAUCCCACAGAAUUCACUCUGCCAAGAUAUCUGCAAGAAAUGAAUGAGAAUGAACCAUGUUUACAGUUUUUAUUAUACAGUAGCAUGGCUCUUGUCAGCAUUUGUGUUGCAAGUUGCCGCAAAAUUGCCUCUAUAGCGUUGUCUUGAGUAUCUGUUUUUUCCAUCCCUUUACAGUUACCAUCUGUGCACCAAAUUGGACCAAACGUUUUAAAGGCUGCCAUUGUCAUGGCUGGAAAUAAAUUAGAACGUGAUGAAAAUCUUACUGAACCCUCUAAGGAUGAAGCGGUUCAACAAAAGGAAGAAAUUCCUGAUCAACCCAGUCAGGAUGAAAUGAGAAGUACGUUCAUUAUUAAGACAUGUCAGCCGUCGAUAAAGUUCGAUUUUAUUUCACUUGUCCAGGGCGCCGAGAUCGGGUGCUUAAGAUUGCUUAACAGAGAAAAAGAAUCCUAGCUCCGUUAAGCCUGUUCUCCAAUAGAGAAUUUCUUUAAAAUUGUUAAAAUUGAAAAGAAUUUAUUAAAAAUGUAAUUAGUUCCAGUCGAAAGCUUAUAAGACAAAAGAUUCGCGCGACAAAUUUCGCUGGUGGAAAAUCGGCUUUAGUGCCGGGUACUAUCGAAUAAAUUAAGGACAAUUGAAAAUUUCGAAACCAUACCAUACCAUGCGUACCGUACCAUGCAUACCAUACCCAUACCCAUACCAUGAAACUCAUUAAUAAUUCAUGAAGAAAACGCAAAAGAAAUCAUGACCGUGAAGGAGUUAUCUGAUAAAAAAUCAAUGACAUGCUUAACUACCUAAACUUUAAGUUCAAUUUUCUCACCACAUAUCAUUAAUUUAUGAAACAUUUUUGAAGAAUACGAAUGUUCUCAUCAAGACGUUUCACAGGCCAUUUACAGCAUUCGCGUCCGUGUUGUAUCGGGUAUAGAAACUCUCGCCUUCGACUCGAGUUUGUAUAUCGAUACAACACGGCCGCUCAUAUUGUAAAUAGUACAUACCAUACCAUACCAUACCAUACCAUACCAUACCAUACCAUACCAUACCUUCUCAAAUUCAUUAAUAAUUCAUGAGCACUUCAGCCAAUGAUAAUCACCUAUUUGAUCACAAGAUGCCAUUUGGAUAACCCAGUGAAACUUGAUGAAAGUCACUAGUGUUUUCAUCAAAUAUCUUAAUUACGCAUGCAAAAUUACUUGAAUAGAAUUCCUAAUUACGUUAUGCUUGGUUAAGAAUUCUAUUCAAAUCAGCAAACGAAAAACAUUCUGUUACGUCUCGAUUCAUUUAUCACAACUCGAGCUCGUGUCUCACCGGGAUAUCCAAACACGAAAUCCCCGUGAAACACUUGCUGUCGUUGUUCAUAUAUUACAUACCAUACUAUACCAUACUAUACCAUACCAUACCAUACCAUACCAUACCAUCUUGUGUUUGUGUUGCUGAGUGUUAUCUAACUGUUAUUUUCUCUAUUAAAGGCAUCGCAUCAUCCGUCUCACUUCUCGAGGAAUUCGAAAAUCGAACUAAGGAGGAAAGUGCUAUAGUGUAUGGUCUGUUCAGUGUGCUAUGCCCGAAGCUUGAUGACGAAAGCAAGACAUUAGUGUGUGGAAAGAUCGAUGCAAUAUUUACUCACACUGUCCUAACAUCUGCUACUCAAACAGAUGCUGAAUGUGUGGCUGAAGCAGUGAGGGAACAACUUGGUGCAGAAUCUAUGCAACCAAACAUGGAUCUUGUUUCUAAGGCAAGUUAGUUUGUAUAAAACCACAAUUCAAGGUUGUAUUAUCAGUAACUGGCGUUGGCAUACAGUUGCUAUAUCGCACCAUAUCAUGCAUGCCAUACAAAGUGCUGCACUGGAAUCUCAGGACCGCAUAUUGAAUUCUGUCGAAUGGCGUAUAGUUGCAUUUUUGAUUAGGUCUUAAAUGAUGUAGUCCAACAAAUUUUUUAACAUGCAAUACCGUCCUCCGAAACCCCCAUUCCAUCAUUUUAUACCAUGUUAUAAGUACUAUUUAAAACACGAGUAGGAGUGUUUUAUCAGAUAUAAAACGCGAGGUCAUAUAAGUUUGAUCAGCCAGCGAAACGCGAGAUCAUAUAAGUUUGAUCAGCCAUGUUUCUCGAUUUUUUUACUCAUUUUUAAAGCGUGCACCACAUUCAAACGUUUGUAUCUCACGUAAUAUUACAUGAUAUUUUUAGGGCUGUAUAUCAAAAUCAAAGUUAGCCUUUCCUCAAUACAAUAAAACUUAUUUGAGUGUAAUAGCUUUUAUAGUUUUUACCUUACAUAAAAUCAAACCACGCAAGUUUUUUGGGGGACACCCGGUAUAUAUCAUACCAUACGUGCCACGCCAUUUCAUGUCACAACAUAGCUGAAUGCGUUUUCUUGCACAUUUUAGGUGAUCCAGUUGUAUCAGGUGUUACAAAUCAAUCAUGCCGUCAUUAUAUUAGGUUUAUCUGGCACUGGCAAGACCACAAUCUACAAGACAUUAUGCAAAGCAAUUAACAGUCUCAACACUCAAUUUGCCUCCCGUGUUUCAGAAAAAGAAAGUAGAGCGAUGGAAAAAACAAAAUAUCCGAAAGUUAAUCUCACCGUUCUGUUUCCUCGAGCAAUGAGUGAAAGUGAG